UGCAAUGUUCCACAGCAUCUGGUUAUUAAUUAUUAUCUCGCAGACCUCCCCUUAGAAGAAGUGAAACUGACUGGGACCUGGAGAGCACAGAACAAAGGUUCCAGCUUGGAGCUCAGGAGGCAGAGACUGCAGAAUCAGACACAGACAGGGGGCAUCAGCCAUGGGUCUCUAUAAAUGUGUCCUCCCUUCUAUGCUGAUGCUGCUGAUGGGAGUGGUGGUUCCAGGUGCUGUGGAUGCUCAGGUGGUGAAUGGAGCUCUUGGGGGAUCUGUUUACUUAGAUGUGACUUUCACAUUCCAACCAAAUACAAUUAUAUGGAAUUUUAUCAUGGCUAAUGGUACCAGGAUCCCAGUAGCUAACCUGCAAUCUUCUGGAACUAUACACUAUUUUGGUCAUUAUUUGGGAAGAUGUGAGUUGUAUAUGAAUGGAAGCCUGAGGCUGGAUAAUAUUACACACACUGAUCAGGGGGAGUACUCAGUGGCUGCUCAAAAUGCCGACCUUACAGAAUUUGGUACAAAACAGCUUCAGCUCUACAUCUACGUUUCCCUCACUGAUCCAGAUCUCGUGGUCAAUGCAUCUGAUGGUCUUAUUGAUGGCAAGAAUGUGACUCUCCACUGUAACGCUGGCAAUCAGAAUGUAUCUAGCUACGUUUUCCAUAAGGACAAGGAGAACGUCUGCUCUAAGCCCCAUGUGACCUGCAGGGGGGCAUUCCUGGACUUCCAGCCAAUCACAGGGAAUGACACUGGUACCUACACCUGCACCAUCCAGAACCCGGUCAGCACCAGAACCAGUAACUCUGUGCAUAUAUUUGUAACAGUGCCGGUCUCUGGGGUGAACCUGACCAGUAACGCAUCAGAUUCGCUGGUCUGGCCAGGAAUUACUUCAGUUUCGCUGAGCUGUUCAAGUGGUGGUACAAAUGUCAGCUUUUCCUGGAGCCUACAGGGGGCACCACUGCCUCUUGACCACCGGUACUAUCUCACCGAGAAUAACUCCACCCUCAUUAUCAGCCCUGUCUCAGCCAAUGAUAACGGAACCUUUACCUGCACAGCUUCAAACUCAGUAAGCAACAGUACCAGCAAUGGCGUGACGCUUACCCUGGCCUCACCAGUCUCUGCGGUGAUGCUGAGCAGUAACACAUCAGGAUUUCUCUGGGUGGGAGAUGAUUCUGUGUCUCUGCAUUGCUCAGCUCAAGGCUCAACCAUCACAUUCUCCUGGACACUGAAUGGAGAGCUAUUGGAUGGGACGCAACAUCCAUCAUAUACCAUUACACAGGGAAGCUCCCCUCCUUACUCCAAUCUCACCAUCAGCCCAGUCUCCAGGAAGGAUAAUGGAUCUUUCACUUGCACAGGAUCUAACUUGCUGAACAAUGAGACCAGUCAUGCACUGAGCUUGGACUUGGCUUGGAGCCCAGAAGGAAACAUUCAAUGUCUUGCACAACCUUAUGGUCAAAGACUCCAGAUACUCCAGCUUUCCUGCUCCUGGCCGGGAGGACAACCUGUAGCCAACGUGACCAUGAUAUUUGAUAACGAAACAGAGACCAACCAUGACAAAGUGAUAAGGAAUGUGACUUCAUUGACUAAUGUUCAAGGGUCAAAUCUGACCUGCAAUGGGGAUCAGCUGGGGAGAACCUCAAGCUGUACAUUGCCAUUAGAGCCUCCACAGUCCCCGGGACAUAACAAUAGUGCAAAUACUACAGUGACAGAGGGACAAACCGCAGUAAUGAACGUGAGUCUGACAGCUGGACCCCAGAACCGAGCCAGUGCUCCCACAUACAAGGUCCUCCCUGCUGAGUUCUCCUGGUACUAUCCAAAUCACACGGUUAUAAAUAAUGGAAGUAGAGUCAUAGUGAUCUCCACUGCCUAUACAUCCAGUCUCCAGAUCACUGAUGUGACUGCAGAUGAAAAUGGAAAAUAUGAAUGCAGAGCAAAUAAUUUAAUUGGAAACACCACCUUCAUCUUCACACUCCAUGUGGCAGCAAAAGCAACUCCUCCUCCUCCUUCUCUUGCAUCGAAAGGACUGGAUGGUGGUGCCAUAGCUGGUAUCGUUAUUGGCGUGCUCGCCGGGGUGACCAUAAUCCUUGUUAUAUUGUUCUUCAUAUUCAAGAAAAAAAAACAAAACAAGGAAAGCAUAAGAAUGAAUGAUCCUGAUUACCAGACAGGAGCAAAGCUUCCAUCUGUAAAAUUCAACAAAGAGAAUGGAGAUACAGCAGAAGCUUCAUUUACAAACAACUUACAAGAUGACGGUGAAAUUAAAUAUGCACGAAUUGAGUUUAAAAACACACCCUCUACCAAAUUGACAAACGAAGAACCAGAGGAAACACUAUACAGUGAUGUAAAAAAGUCAAACAAACAAUAACUGGUACGUGAGACCAGAGAACUGAAAUGACAGCAAACACAAGAGCGCUCAUGGACAGUAACCAUUGCAUUUCAAUGACUGGGCAUUGAAUACUUAUAAAAUAAUCAGAUAUCUGUGCAUAGAAGGAAAGAUGCCAAGUGUUCUGUUCAGGGCUCUACCUUAAAGUAUGUUUUGUCACAAUUUAAUAUUUAAUAACUAUGCCUAUAGAUUUCUGCAGGACAGGAGAGCUGACCAGUCUUAGGGGACCCACACACUUCAUUAAUAGUUAGUACAUACAGUCAGUCGAUUUUAUUACUAAACCCACCUGCAUAGUUUACUUAUGCUAGAAAAAAGUUACUGGCAGUGCUUGGUCUAAAGCUGGAUACACACAGUUAAAGGGGGGUACUCACGGAGAGAUCCAUGCUUAAAAUCUAAGCAAUGUGACUAGAUUGCUUAGCUUUUAAGCACAGAUUACUCGUGUGCACCCCCUACAGCGAUAGCGAUGCGCAGCCCCGCGCAUCGCUAUCGCUGGUGCUAGAUUGGCCUAAAUGCAGGCCAAUCUAGCACGUUGCUCAUUUCAAAUGAGCGGCCCCCGUCCUCCUCCACAUCGCGCUGUGCUGAGCGGCGGGAGAGAUGUGUGCUGAGCAGUUCGCUCAGCACACAUCUCUCCCGUGUAUAUUGGCCUUAAGACCUGUCCAAUCUUUGAAAAUCUGAUAAUGUAUGGGAACAAAUAACAAUCAUCUAUUUGCUUACAGAAGAUGGAAAAUGGGCAAAAAUUGUCAUUCGGAUAAAUUGGUUGAAUCAAAUGGAUUUAACCAAGUUGUCUGAACAUCCAUUUGUGUCUGUUUUCCAGUGUUUGGGAGCAAAUGGUCAAUUGUCAUUUUCCAUACAGUAUCAGAUUUUCAUUCCAACCAGAAAGGUUGGACAAAUAGGGCCUAAUUCAGGUUCAGUUGCAACGGCAAACGCAACUGGUGAUGUUUCGCAAACCACGCAUGCGUAAACAACAUAGGGUGCAUGCGGCUGAAUACGAACUGCAAAACUUUUGCAGAUCUGCAUACAAAAAACAAUACGCAAACAAACAAUGGUUUAAAGGCGCGGUAUAGGUGUGUCAGUGGGCCGUUCUUGAAAAAAAACGCAAAACUGGGCGUGUAACAGGGGCGUGUAGUGGGCGUAUGGCAAGCGUUGUCAGGGCGAAGCAUACGAAAUUCUGCACACAGGCAACCUUAAAAUACCUACACAGCUUUUGUACUUUCUGAGCAGGUAUGAAGCUACGUACACCAUGGAAGUCACCUUGACCGGUGCAGUAUCAUCAAUGUUUUUGGUGUUAAUUACACAAUUAGAGAAGAAUCGCACUCAGCUGAUGUGUUACUGCCAGAAUCACACACAACUUGUGUUAAUGGAUGGAUUUUAGCCUCAAGCUUUUUACCUUUAUGCAUACCAAAUUACAGGUUUUUAUUUUAUUUUACUAUCAUUGUUGGUAAAUGCAUUAUUCAAAUAAACUGUUCUGUCUAAACAAUUAUCAAUAUUAGUAAUAUAUACAAAUUACCCCUGUGUUUGUUUUAUAAUUAUACAAAACCUGGUGAAACUUAAAACACAAAGGCAGAGGUUCUCAAACUUUCAAAAGUCAGGGCGUAGAUCUUAGAUGUAGGGAUGUUGGUGGGAAAAAAUAGGCCUUGAAUGUAAUUUGCAAAUGUACGCUAAUUUGCGACCAUACGGUAUUUCACAAAGAAAUAUGCAAUGGUUUAGCAAAUUUGCUUGGGUCUCCGGGUGCCUUCCCUUUUGCGAAUUUGAUUUUCCUUUAGUAGUUCUGCGUGGUAUGGGUGUUGCUGGUAAUUUACGCAGUUUUGCAUAUCUUUGCAAAUAAUCGCAAAAACAUUUUGUGAUCCCGUUAUUUAGCAUUCGUAUCUGAAUUAGGCCCGUAAUCUUAUAGUGUUUAUCCAGCUUUAGAUCUCUAAAAAAUGCAAUCAGGCAUUAUUUAAUUACAAUUUAAUUACAAUUUAACUGAAAGAAAAAUAAGUGAGUAGUAUAUUUCAACAUUUUAAAUAAACUGUAAAAAUAAUAUCUGAUUAUAUCUAAUAAAUUUGCACUAGUCACAUACAGUAUAAUGCACCUUCUAGCAGUAGUUUUAAAUCUUGAGUUGAUGUUUACAGAUGACACAGUGACUAAACACUGUACGAUGUAUCAAUGGAGUGAGGUUUUUUUAUCUAAUGCAGAUCCAAACUUUGUGCUUUAAGAAUUCAAACCCCAAAUCAGAUAUGGGGCUUUUCCUAUUUUGGAUUUACUAUAUGUACAGUAUUUACACUCUGUGAUGAAAAGAGCACAAGAUGCGAAGGCUAGGCCAGUCCCUACCACACUGCCCUCUGAUUGUACAAAAAGCAAUCAUAGAAAAUGUAAAUAUAGACACAUCUAUUUACUAAAGUUUCUUUAGUGCAAAUCUGGUGUAACCUUGGAUGACAUUUCUACAGCGUGUUGACUUAUUUAAAUGACUAUGCAAAAUUCUAAAUGCCAAGGGAUGAAAUAUCAAAUGCAAAUUAAAGUGACAAAUAUGAGAGCUGGAAAAGGACAAUGAAAGUGACCUCACGAGACUACGGAAAGUUGGAAAGUCAGUAGAGGUACAAAGUGUCAAUAAAAGGAUCAAUUGCAAUAUACUGAUUAUUAUCUCUGUUCUAUAAUGUCCACAUAAUUCAAUUUAGUAUAAGAAUAUUAAAUAAAUGUAUUUAUUGUAUAUUGAUAUAUGAUAAAAAUUGCAAGCAAACUAUGCCCCAGAUUUAUCAAGCCUUGGAGAGUGAUAAAUUGCACAUGAUAAAGUACCAACUAAUCAGCUCCUAACUGUCAUUUUUCAAACACAGCCUGUAACAUGGCAGUUAGGAGCUGGCGGGUUGGUACUUUAUGACAGUGAAAUGUAUCACUCUCCAAGGAUUGAUAAAUCUUGACCUGUAUAUGUUUUAAAUCCAAGACAACAGAUUAAACAAUAAAUAGAAGAGAGAUGGGUCGAUUUACUAAGCCUUGUGUGGAGAUAAAGUACCAGCCAAUGAGCUCCUGUCAUUUUUCAAACACAACCUGUGUCAUGGCAGUUAGGAGCUGUUUGGCUGGUACUUUAUCACCGUCCACUUUAUUUCCACAAAGGGCUUAGUAAAUAGACCCCAGUGUCUUUGAUUAUUAAUCAACCGGAAUAUAAUGGUUUAAUAAACUGUAUGAAACAUGUAUUUAUAUCCAACUAUAGCUUGAACAUUUCAUGGCCCUGCACUAAUUAGUAUUGAAGCCUGAGUACUUGCCCCUUCUAUUGUAAUUCACUAUGCAAAUAAGAUGGGAAACUGUGCAAAUGACUAUAUGGCUAAUUACAUCUUACAUUUCACAAUAUGUUCCUAAAGCCUUACUUUGUAACAUGGAACUAAACAAAGAAGAGGUUGUCUUCAGUAUGCCGAAUGUCGGGAUCCCGGCGCACAGUAUACCGGCGCCGGAAUCCCGACACUCGGCAUAUCGACAGAUAUUCUCCCUCGUGGGGGUCCACGACCCCCCUGGAGGGAGAAUAAAUACCGUGCCCGCAGCGUAGCGAGUGCAGAGAGCCCGCAAGGGGCUCCUUUGCGCUCGCCGCGCUGUCGGUAUGCCGGAGGUCGGGCUCCCGUCGCCGGUAUGCUGGUCACCGGGAGCCCGGCCACCGGCAUACCAUAUUACAACCCAAAGAAGAGCAUUAUAAGUCUUCAUAUUCUAUUUCUAUGAAGUUAAAGAACAAUUACAUGAUUGAUAAAAAUUACUCAUUUCAAGAUACUACAUGAGGUUAUUUUUUUUAUAUGACUGCUGUAGACCUUCUAUAAAAUAUCUAUACCCAAAAGUGACGUGUAAAAUGCAUUUGUAGUUGUGGGAUAGCUAUGGUAAGAUAAAAUAGCUAGUAGUGUUGGCACAAGUGAAGUCCAUCCUGAAAUAAUUAAUAAACAGUUAUAGCUUCUGAAUGAGUAAUUGUGUUACCAACUGUAAUGAUACUGAAAAUACAACAUUGGCAAAACAAUACAGUUAUUGUAAAUAGAGCAAAGGAUAUUCCCGCACCAGCCAAGAUUUUGACAGACAGUUACUCUCUUUCCCUUAUGACAGUUAUUGUAAAGUUUGACUGUAAUCUGAGCUCAUUAAUUAUAAGGUUUUUUUUUAAUAUAGACGUCAGUUCAAUCUGUCUUCCGCGCCAGAAACUCCACAUUUGUUACUUGAAGAAAUUGAGAUUACUGUGUUUCAAUGCAAUUUGUUACUAGAGUUACUUAUUACAGACGUAAGGGAUUAAAAGUGCCUUAAUAAAUAUAUUUUUGGAUGUAAUUAGUACAAUACUGCCUACAUUUGUGCUGUAAUAUACUAAUUUUGAUGCUAUUUAAACAGAUGUAAAUUAUUUCAAGUUGUCAAUAAAAAAGAUUUUUA